AUGUCUGACUGGAAGAAAUACGACAGCUAUGACGUGCCCAUCGACCCCAAGCAGCAGGACAAGGCCACCAUGUUCAAGCUCUACAGCUUCCGGCGCCCCCACAUGCGAGCCUUCCAUUUCGCGUGGUUCGGUUUCUUCAUGGCCUUCGUCUCCUGGUUCGCCUUCGCCCCGCUCAUGAAGGAGAUCAAGGCCGACCUCGGCAUGACCAAGCUCGAGGUGUACAACGCCAACAUCUCGUCCGUGUCUUCCACCGUGCUCUCGCGUUUCAUCGUGGGCCCCCUCUGUGACACGUUCGGCGCGCGAAUCAUCUCCAGCACCCUGCUCAUCAUGGGGUGUAUCCCGACCGCCUUCGCCGGCCUGGUGAACAGCGCCACCGACGUGGCCAUCAUCCGCUUCUUCAUCGGCGUGAUGGGCGCCACGUUCGUGUGCACGCAGUUCUGGUCCUCGCAGAUCUUCGCGAAGGAGUUCGUCGGCACGGCUAACGCCACUACCGGAGGCUGGGGAAACCUGGGCGGCGGUGUCACUCAGAUCUUCAUGGUGGCGAUCUGGAACGCCUUCAAGACCAGCUACGACAGCGAGACGGCGUGGCGCCUCUCGUUCCUCGUGCCGGCGGCCAUCGUGUUCUGCGUUGCCGUGGGCCAGCUGUUCCUCGCCGAUGACAGCCCGAAGGGUAACUACAAGGAGCUCGAGGCGCACGGCGCCAUGACUCGCAAGUCCUCCGCCGUUUCCUUCAAGAAGGGCUACAUGAACGUGAACUCAUGGCUCAUGUUCCUCCAGUACGCCGCCUGCUUCGGCGUCGAGCUGACCGUCAACAACGUGGCGGCCAACUACUUCUCGGACGAGUUCGACCUGUCUACCUCCAAGGCUGGUCUCGUGGCGUCGUUGUUCGGACUCAUGAACCUCUUCGCCCGCUCUCUGGGUGGCAUCUGGUCCGACUUCCUGUUCGCCAAGUUCGGCGGCGGCGUUACCGGCAUGCGCGGACGCUUCUUCGCCCAGUGGACUGCCCUCCUUUGGGAAGGCUGCUUCCUCUUCCUCUUCACCUUCAUGAACCAACUUGGUGCGGCCAUCCCCGUCCUCAUCCUCUUCUCCGUGGGCGUGCAAAUGGCGGAGGGCACCUCGUACGGCAUCGUGCCGUACAUCGUGCCGGACGCGACGGGCGCGGUGUCGGGCAUCGUGGGCGCCGGCGGUAACUUCGGCGCGGUGAUGUGGGGUCUGAUCUUCCGGUUCGCGGGCAGGAGCGAGAGGGCGGUGUUCCGAAUCAUCGCGGCGUUCGUGGUGGGCCUAUCAUGCCUUACGCCUCUCCUCAAGAUCCGCGGGUACGCCACGUGCUUCGCCGCCCCCCAGGGAGAGCCGGACUCCAUCGCGGACAUCUAAGUUUCGCUCUUCUUGCUUGAUGGCCGCAUGCACACUAGCACAAGCCCAUAGCACUUGUGCAACUCAUAGACCAACCAUCUUGGGCCGCGUUUCGGACCAACGACAAGACUCUUCGGGGUCGGGCAUGCCAGGGUGGGGCGUAGGGGUCGGAGGCACAUGAUUGUCGUCGUGUCUGAUCGUUGAUCGCGUGUUGCCCGCGAUUGUCCCGCAGCUCAGAUUGCUUGUGUGUCCCAUUUUUUGGCUUCUUGCCGGGCGGGUUUAGGCCUGGAUGUGCGUUCUUGUUGCAAAGCGCCCUAGCAAAUAAUGCGCAUGCUUGGGUGGUACAACUGCCUUGUUUGAGUUCUCAACGGCGGUGUGUACUACUCUCGCGCUUUAAUUAGGGCGCGGUAUUGUUCAGAACAGGCUGCGGAGAACACCAAACACCUCUCUAAUGUCGUGCUGUGAAUCUUGCCGGCGUUUCGUCAAUUGUUGGUUUAUUACGAGGGUACAUUGUGGCACGCUGCCAGCCCCUCUCGUCGCCUUGUUAGGAUACCCUACCACGCGUUGUUGGCGGGAUGGGCUGGGUCCCUGACUAAUUAGAGUUGCAGCAAGAAGCGUGCGCGCCGCGUGCAUGUUCUGCGGUUCCAUCAAGCACAUGUACAUAUUUUUAUGCAGCAGAUUGUACUCAAGAUGGUAGGUUUGCGAGCCUCGGUGUAGGGCGCAAGGUCAAUUUAGCUGUGUUGCUUCCUUGUCAGUUUGACGGAGGGCGUCAGCAAGAACAUGUAUCAACUUGCUGAUGUCCGGUCCCUUAUUGCCAAAAUCAGCAGGUGUCUGAGACGGGGUGGUACAUGGUACACAAGAAGGAGAACCUGUAAGACACAUUGCUUUUUUUCGUCGGGACGUGGGGCGAGGUUUUCCCAACAUCAUAGUCAGAGAUGCAACAGCACUCGGACUUUUUUAUGUACUAUUAACGUUAGCACCGCGCUGAGCGAGGGGUUGAGCACUUGGAUAUAAUCAUACCCAGUCCUCCCUACACUUGUGAUUCUCGGAUCUUUGUUUGUUCUUGUCGAACGCUGUCAGUCAUGUCGUUCUUCAUGGUCGUGGAUUUGUAGGAAGCUCUUUUCAAAGGUUGCGCGGAAUGUUCGGUCUUGCGGCUUUUUGGCGCAACGUGGGAAUGUUCUCCUGUCCUCUUGCAAGGUUCGGGAAUAAAGGUCUCUUCUUCUUAGGAUGGAAGAUGAUGGGAUAGGGGAUAGGGAAGUCAUUCCAUGUACCACACAUACGUAUUACGUCUUGUUUUUGUUCGCGUCAGUCUGCGUGCAUGUAGCAUCGAUGGAUCUCGCCGAUUGAACCGUUCCUUGCGGAUUGCCACGUAGAACUGAACGCGAAAUAUAUUCAAGUUUUGU